AAGUCAAACCUUGUAGGUUUCAAAGCAUGUGUUGACAUUUUUCGUCGUUUACAUGCGGGGAAAGUGCUGAAAAUGCACCUGAUAACAAUAUGAAAUCGCGGUGUAAAAUCAAACAACAGCAAAAUGACGGAAAGAGUCCAGGCGAUGCCGGUAAAGAGUUUUCUGGAGAACAUGGGACUAGUUCAGUACUUGGACAUGUUUUUGAUAAAGGGGUACGACAAUGAAACGGACGUUACCUCUCUAGACGAGAAAGACCUCGAUGCAAUGUUAAUCUCGGAUCCUGAUCAUAGGCACCAAAUAUUACAGGCCGCGGCCCAGUACCGGUCCCCGGGAAGUUUUCGAGUCUUGGCCUGGUUACAGAGGAAUGGUCUAGAACAUUAUUACGUUAGCUUCGUGCAGAGCGAAAUCACGUCAAUGAACGACGUAAGAAAUAUGAAUGUAAAUGAGGACAUGUUUGAUGAACUUGAAAUAACUCUGCCUGGACACAAAAAGAGGCUGAAAAGAGCAGUGGCCCAGUUAAAGAAGGAGCAGGACGGACACAGUCCAACUGAGGACAUAUUGGCAUGUGGUCGAUGGAAAAAGCCAGCAACACUCAGUGAUGCCAAGUUCGAUUUCCUCGUCGUGGAUGCAUGUAUCUAUUCCACCAAAGAAUCCGACAAAUUUCACCGUAUAGAGUUUAUGGUAGACACAGGCAGUGACGUGACCACAAUUAGACAAGAAGUCCUCGAUGAACUAGAUCUAGAAAUUCUGGGGCGGAUACACAGUAAAGGCGUUCACGGAUCCAAAACCACCAACCUAUACAAGGCAAAAAUACUCAUAGGGAACCAGGAGAUGGAGAUAGAGGUGAUGGGAGAGAGUUACGAUUCUUUAGGGAGUCGAGUUGUUCGACAUUUUCGCCAUUACAUUGAUGGCAAGCAUCAUGUGUGGCUUCGCGGGAAUUUCUGUGAUGAGGACAGUAAACUUUGUCAAACGGCCAAAUAUCAGGCCCUGAAUGAUAGCCAGUCUGUCAGUUGUGAAAUUUUAAACAGUGCAAUAGCUGCCAAACCAAGCAGUCCCAAUAUCCAAAACAAUAAUGCAUCAGACGACCCAGUUCUGUGUAAUUCUACCUCAAACAAAAGGAAACGGACAUCAGAGGAAUCGGCGGAGGACGGCAUUCCUUCCAAAAUGUCUUCCGCAACAUACCUUCACAUAUCACCGGAUGAAUUAGACCUAUAAAGCAAUAGUUCUUGUAACUCACAGAAACCAAUAGUUGAAUACAAACUGCUGUCUUCUUUCUGUUUGGUAUCUCCCGAUAUGAAAUACUUCACACUUUCCGUCCAUGUUCUUCCAUUGCAGUAGUAUGAAUGGAAUGUAAUAAGUUUAGUAGGCUAUAAAAUGUUCUGAGUAUGUACAACCCCACAAUCCGUAUACUCCAAACCACACUCAUUAUUCCACUCUAAUUUAGGUAUACCUUAUGAGUACGAGUAUCGCUUUGGAGCAUAGAUUAUGGGUACGGCCGGAGUACAUACUAAGAACAUUUUAUAACCUCCGGGCUAGUUUCUUUGUCAUUUUAGAUGUAUAUAUAUCUACAUAUAUAUAUAGACGUGUUAAUUAUACUCAAAUAAUAUAAUCAUUUAUUCUUUGAACUGUUAUGAUCAUCCUCAUAUUUAUAAGUGAUUGUUGUGUAUUUGUACAAAUAUUUAACCUAUGUAUUAAAUUUGAUAUGUAUCUUCAA